CAGAGUACACAGCAGAGAGAGAGAGAGAGAAAAAAACAAAAACAAAAACGCAUAGAGAGAGAGAGAGAGAGAGAGAGACAGAAGUGUUCUCAUUAUCAUGUACUUGAAAAAUAAAAAAUAAAAAAGCGGAAAAAAAUUGUUUUCGAUUUUCCAAAACUCUGUUUUUUUCUAGCCAUCACCAUCGUUGUCCAAUUGUACAGCUUCUUAUUUUACUGGGUUUUCUAUUUUAUUCCUCUCUAAUUCACUUUCUCUCUUCAUUUGGCCAUCUGGAAUUCUUGUUUGCCUCUCAAAGUUCAAGUCUUGAGUGGUGUUUAUUACUCGCCGAAAUCUCAACUUUUCUUCAGUGAUCUCUGUUUUUUUUCCUCUGUUUCUUACCUGGGUUUAUCAGCUUUUGUAAUUCACAAUGACUGUUGAGAAUAAAAAGAGUUCUCUAAAUUGUGAAGAUGGAGGUGAAGAUAAGUUUCCUAUUGGUAUGCGUGUUCUUGCUGUUGAUGAUGACCCUAUUUGCCUCAAAGUCAUUGAGACUCUCUUGCAAAAAUGCCAAUAUCAAGUUACUACCACAAAUCAGGCUGUCACUGCUCUGAAAAUGUUGAGAGAAAAUAGAAACAAGUAUGAUUUGGUUAUCAGUGAUGUUAAUAUGCCAGACAUGGAUGGCUUUAAGCUUCUUGAGCUUGUGGGGCUUGAGAUGGACCUACCUGUCAUUAUGUUGUCAGCACAUAGUGAUACCAAGCUUGUAAUGAAGGGGAUUAGUCAUGGUGCUGUUGACUAUUUGUUGAAACCUGUUCGAAUUGAGGAGUUGAAGAACAUAUGGCAACAUGUGGUACGGAGAAAGAAAAUUAACCCCAAGAACCAAAACAAGUCGUGUAAUCUAGAUAAUGCUCGUGCUGGAACAGGAGAAAAUGGACAAGCGGCAUCUACUGGUAAUUCUGAUCAGAAUGGAAAAGCCAACCGGAAACGGAAGGACCAAGAUGACGAUGAUGAUGAAGAAGCUGAUGAGGAGGGAAAUGAGAACGAGGAGUCUUCGACCCAAAAGAAGCCUCGGGUUGUUUGGUCUGUAGAGCUGCAUAAGAAGUUUGUUGCAGCUGUUAAUCAAUUGGGACUUGACAAGGCUGUUCCAAAGAAAAUUCUUGAUCUGAUGAAUGUUGAAGGGCUAACACGAGAAAAUGUGGCAAGCCAUCUACAGAAAUAUAGGCUCUACCUGAAAAGAAUUAGUAAUGUAGCAACCCAGCAGGCUAAUAUGGUUGCCGCAUUAGCGAAUAAAGACUCUACUUAUUUGCGUAUGGGUGCACUGGAUGGAUAUCCUGAUUUUCGCUUGGGUGGUUCAGGAAGGAUUUCAAGCACUGCAAUUUCAUCAUAUCAGCCAGGUGGUAUGCUCAAUAGAAUGAACUCCACAGCUGGUUUAACCAUCCGGGGAAUAACUUCUUCAAGCAUUAUGCAACCGGGCCAUUCCCAAACCUUGAACAACUCUUUUAAUUCUCUUGGGAAGAUCCAACAAUCUGUGUUGCCUGCAAACCAAAGUGCAAAUCUAUUUCAAGGAGUACAGACAUCAAUAGAGCUCAGACAGCUGCCACAAAGCAAGUCCACUACCCUCAUUGGAGAGUCUAAUCACAUUAAUUAUCCAACAUCUUUUCCAGCUGCAACUAGCUUUGCAGACGCUAGAGUGACUCUCAGUAGCUCAAGCAGCUGUGCAACCACUGCCUCAGGAAACUCUUUUAUGUUACAGGCAGGCUCACAACCAGCACAGAUUAGAGCAGCUUUUGGAAGCCAACCUUCUUUCAGUGUGCCUUCAGUGAAUCAAGAAUCUUUUGACAUUGGUGUCCGUGGUUCAUCUAAUUUUCUGGAUCAUAAUAGAUGUGCUGAAAACUGGCAGGGUGAAGCUCAAUUAUCGAAAUUUCCAUCAAAUUCUUUGCCCAUGAGUGAACCCUUUGGCCAUAAUCAAAUUCAUUCUAAUAAUUUGGAUGGCAAUCUACAGUCAAACGUCAGUAAUCGAAUCACUAAUAACCCUCUCGAUAUGUCUUCUUUAAUUACUGCUUCAGUGCAUAUGGACAAUACUGGAGCAGGUGUGCAGUGUCAAACUGGCCUGAUUGAUAACGUCGUUCAGAAUAUGAAUUACAACCACAACUUAAAUAAUUCGUUCAGCUCUCGAAAUUCCUUAACUUCUGUUAAUUGUGGUAUGGGCCCUUUUAGCCAAAGUUUGGAUCAAAGUAGUCCUUACAUUAUGCAGCAGAAUGGAGUUGAAAAAUCUUCUUUGGACACAAAAUCAAGGUCAAACGAUGACUACCUCUUUGAGCAAAGCAAGUCACAGGAUGGUUUCAUUCAAAAUAACUAUGACUCUCUGGAUGAUAUGAUGAGCACUAUAAUGAAACGGGACCAAAAUGAUGCAUUGAUAAUGGAUGGAGAACUCGGAUUCGAUGCUUACUCUCUUGAUUCGUGCUUGUGAAACUUUGUUAGAGCUGAUUCUUGAGAAGGAUGAUGCAAGAUAAGUUUUAGUGGUUGUUUGAGUAGCUUGUAAGUAUCUAAUUGGUUGUGCUUAAUGUGUUUUCUUCUUCGUUUUAGUUUUCAAUAUUUGUUGUCACAUUCCAAUUCUGGUUGCAAUUGAUGACGGCUCAGUUCUUCCUAUUGCUUAUUCCUGUAGUAGAAAUAAUGGCCUCAGAAAAGUUUCAGCUGCUCAUGAAUUUUCCUUUGCUGUCUUGUGAUUUUCAUUUCCAAGUAAUUGCAGAUGAAUGAACGAUGGUGAAUCAGUUUGUUAUACAGUGCCUAUUCAUUUUGUUAUUGAAAUAAACAUGAGCACGGUUUAAGAUUCUUUCA